CGAUAUAUAUGUGCAUAAGCAUCAUGCAUUUCCAUGCAUGAAAAUUGUGCAGUAGCAAAACCAUGUCGAGAUUUUAGUACAUUGAUCGAAGAUAUAUAUGCAUAGAGGUCUAGUAGAUAAAUAGAGAUAUCGAUAUAGGAUUACGAAGAAAAUGGACAAGUAUGAGGUUGUGAAAGAUAUAGGAUCUGGGAAUUUCGGUGUGGCCAGGCUUAUGAGGCACAGGGAAACCAAAGAACUUGUUGCCAUGAAAUAUAUCGAGCGUGGUCAUAAGAUUGAUGAAAACGUAGCAAGGGAAAUCAUAAAUCAUAGAUCACUUCGACACCCCAAUAUCAUUCGUUUCAAAGAGGUGAUAUUGACACCGACCCAUCUGGCAAUUGUGAUGGAGUAUGCAUCUGGUGGAGAGCUAUUUGAACGUAUUUGCACCGCGGGUAGAUUUAGUGAACAUGAGGCUAGGUAUUUCUUCCAACAGCUUAUAUCAGGGGUGUCUUUCUGCCAUUCCAUGCAAAUAUGCCACAGGGAUCUAAAACUGGAGAACACGCUGUUAGAUGGCAGUCCAGCUCCUCGCCUUAAGAUCUGCGAUUUUGGUUACUCCAAGUCAUCUCUGCUGCACUCAAGGCCAAAAUCAACUGUUGGAACUCCCGCUUAUAUCGCUCCUGAAGUGCUCUCUCGUCGUGAAUACGAUGGCAAGUUGGCUGAUGUAUGGUCUUGUGGGGUGACUCUCUAUGUUAUGUUGGUGGGAGCAUACCCUUUCGAAGAUCCUGAUGACCCUAAGAACUUCAGAAAAACAAUUGGAAGGAUAAUGGCCACUCAGUAUACAAUCCCGGACUAUGUUCACAUUUCUCAAGAUUGCAGACACUUGCUAUCUCGCAUAUUUGUUGCCCACCCUUCAAAGAGGAUUUCCAUAAAAGAGAUCAAGAGUCACCCAUGGUUCCUGAAGAACUUGCCAAGGGAGCUGACAGAGUCAGCUCAAGCAAGCUACUACCAAAAAGACAAUCCUAGUUUCUCCCUUCAGUCCGUAGAUGACAUUAUGAAAAUCGUGAAUGAUGCCAGGACUCCACCGCCAGCGUCCAGAUCUGGAGGAGGAUUCGGAUGGGGAGGUGAAGAGGGCAAGGAACACGACGAGGAGGAGGAGGAAGACGACGAGAUAGAGGAGGAAAUUGAGGAUGAAGACGAGUACGAGAAAAAUGUCAGAGAAAUUCAUGCCAGUGGGGAGUUUGAUCAAAUUAGUUAAGCUGUUCCAACUACUAAUCAUGCUGAUACCAGUUCCUGCCAAUGUACAAUGUACUUAAAUUUAUAGUCAGUGUAAACAAGCUCUUGCUUGUUGAUUUAUCACUUUGCUUUCUUGUUUAAGAUUAAGAUCGAUGUAAUUAACCUGUAAUCCUGUAUUAUGUUAUCUGAAGAGGAUUUGCAAGUGCAGGAGAAUUAUUUUAUGUCCUUGCUUUUAU